AUGUUGUUCAUAACGUUUAAAGAUCUCUGUCGUCUUGAACCGCAUCAGAAGAGCCGUCCUUAUGCCAUUACUCUUCCGGAAGACUCUGAGAAUCCUAAUAAAAACAUUAUACAUAAUCUCUGCACCUCCGCUGGCAACUUAUUAGGUUAUCGUUUGCCUGGGACCUACGACGGUUCCGGGUUUGUGUACGGCAACGCCUCCCGCCUGUGCGAUGCCAUCCUGGCAUUCUUGUAUGCCGUGUUCAGUGAUGUCCAUGAUAACCAGCCGUACGUUGCUGGUAGAAGUGUGUUGUAUGAUGAUGUGAUUGUGGAGAUAAAAUCCCAACUAUGGCGUGGCCACAAGGGGUUUCAUCACGUCAUCCCCAAGGUGGCCACUGGCCUCCAGAGGUACAACUCCGCUGUCAAGGCUUCUAACGAGAAAGUCAAGAAGCCGAUUGAGACCGUGUUGGGUUACGUGAAACCAGAUGGUGAGUUGUGUAGUGGUAUACAAGCUUUGCAGAUAUCGGAAACAUCUACGUCCACUCAAGAUGAGAGAACUGUCGAGUCCGCUGCCUCUCUGGUGGAGGACUGCAAAGAGUUUGCCCGGGUCUUCUCUAAGAGCUUGACGGCGGCAACCAAUGCCAUAGAUGACCUGAACCCCAAGCUGAAACGGAAGCUUGAGAAUGCCAGGAGAAGCUUUUUCAACCACGUCGACUGGCUGAGCAGGUGGUCGAAGAAGGGGGAGAAAAAGCGGUUGGACAAGAUGAUACAGAAAAUCAAGAGUAGGCUUAAACAGCUUGCAAAUGCAGUCAAGGACAAAAUUAAACAAGAAGUGCAUACGGUUGUCGAGUUGUUGAAGGACCGUGUCAGUGACAUUAAAAUGAAGUUGGAAGGUAUUACUGCCAGUUUGGAGAAAUAUGUAAAGGAACUCGGGCAGUGGAUGGGCGAGGCAAAAAAGUAUAUUCAAGACGUGAAAAAGUUUGUUGAUGACAUCAUGAAGCAGCUUGAUGGAGAGCAUAGAAAGGCGAUUGACGAGGCCGUCGCGGACAUUGAUAGUGAGCUUGGCAAGAAAGUUGGGGAGUUGAAUAAGUGGAUUAAGGAUGCGGAGGCAGCCGUCAAUGUGGCAAAGCAGAAGGCGGAAAAUGUAUUCAAGAGGUUGGAUAAGGAUAGCGGUACGACGAUUGGUCAAGGGAUUGACAAAAUUACAACGGCUAACGAAAAAGUCAGGCAAGUUGACACUCAGCUGGAACUUGUCCACAAGGAUUUGGGAGAUUGGAAAACUGCGGCGCAGGGUGUGAUCAGCAAAGCUGCUGGGAAGGCCGGAGAGGUGAGUGAUAAGUUGGAUCCCAAUAAAAAAGAUGCGGGCCAUCCAAUUGGCAAGAACCUUGAGAAUAUUGAGACCGCUGGAAAAGCAAUUAAUGUAGCAAAUGAGAGUCUCCGGGAACAAGCAGAAAAGUUGAAAGAGUGGAUCACCGAAGCUGAUGAUUUGCGCCAAAAGGCACAGGACAAAGCCCAGGAAGUGUACGAUAACCUGAAAGUUCAUGAGCAACUGAGUGAGAAAAUCAGAGAUAUUCAGACAGCUAAUGAGGAAAUCAAGAAUGUUAAUAAUGGGCUGAAUAGUGUUGAGAAAAAUCUGGAGGAUUGGAAUAAGGAGGCUGGGAAAGUGAUUCAGGAGGUGGUUGAUAGGGUGAAGGAAGUGCAUAAGAAGUUGAAUCACGGAGAUGAUCAACAGCUGAUUAGUCAAGGCAUCAAGCAGAUUAAAGAAGCUAAAGAUAAGGUUGAUGCAGUUUCCAGGCAUUUGAACACUGCUAACGAUGAUCUUAAGAAAUGGAGAGAGGCUGCCGAAAUUGUCCUUGACUUAGCGGUGAAGAGGGCAGAGAAUGUUCAUAAAGCAUUGGAUCCUACAAAAGACAAGUCUACGCUGGGUGAUCAAAUUCAUUCGAUCGAUACUGCUAGACAGGGCCUUGUUGAUGCAAACAUGGAGCUUGAAAUACAAGUGAAGAGUCUUAACAAGUGGAUUCAAGAUGCCG